AUGGGAAACUGUUUAAGACAUGAAUCACAGGAUUUUUCAGGGUUUGACAUGCAAGAGAAAGCCAUGAACAGCAUAAAAGAGGAAGGGCUUCUUGGAGAUAAUAACACGGAAGAAUUCACAUCCUGCUCUCCAACAACAACAACAACAUCAACUACAAAAGUGAAGAUCAAGAUUACGAAGAAACAACUCGAGGAGUUGAUAGGCAAGGUUGAAGUAAAGGAACUCUCAGUGGAACAAAUCUUGUCCAUGUUGAUGAAUGGCAGUAGCAACGAUAGAUCUUACGAGGCACACGAUCAGCUGUCUUGGAGGCCUAAUCUGCAGAGUAUACCUGAAUGA